AUGGCGGAGGUUAAUCUUGACGACUAUUUGGACUAUGACAUAUUCUAUACUGUGCGGCCGUAUCCCACAGCUUCGUUCGAUUGCGCCGGCAUCUCUUCUGCGCCGUCUCACAUCCACGUCCGUUUCUCUCACUACACAGCGGAGAAUGAGGAGGUAGAAUCACGAACCAUAUGCCUGGAAGAUGACUUGCUGGCGGAGGGGUCGGAGUUUGACUGCUGGAAUUUCAUCUACUCCGAAUUGCCGUUAAACUGGCCUAUUCACGGCGACACCCUCCAGGAAAUCUUCGAGGAAGUGAUCGAGAAGGCAAGGCAGUUUAAGUGUAAUCUUGGGGUUGACAUAGGCUCGGUUCUCAUACCAAAUUUAGAAGAUGAUUUUGGAGUAAAUGGCUCCGAUGGAGGUGGUUCAUUAGUGAAGUCGUUAAAGAGGAAGAGAAUAGAGGAAGGCGGUAAUUGUUGCGUUAUUUGCUUGGAGGAGUUAACGACGGGGAGAGAUGUGGCUGUGAUGCCGUGCGGCCAUCACUCCUUUUACGACGACUGCCUCUCAUCUUGGCUGGAGAGAAGCCCUUCCUGCCCUCUCUGCCGUCGCAAAAUCUCCGAUUCUUCUUCUUAA